AUGGACGGAGAUUGGGAUGAGGUCGCCCGGGUGCCAUUCCCGCCACCGGGCGUGCAUGCACUGCCUACACAAGUCACGACGAUGACCUUUGAUACCACUCAGGAGCUUCUAUGGGCCGGUAACGACUAUGGUCGAGUCACUUCCUUUCUAAGCACCGAGCUUCAACAGCAUACUUCAUUCAAGGCACAUCAGGCCGCAGACGGACCGGUCCGGCAGAUUCUCGUAAACAGCAAAGGCGUGGUGGUACUGGGCUCCAAAGAUGUGCAUAUGGCGCACAGGAGAGGGCCCCCCAUCUGGCAUCUCAGACACGACGACAUGAAGGAUCUGAGAUGCAUGAGCUUCACCUCAAAGGGAACCGCAGAAAUCAUUGCUGCUGGUCUCCAAGACAGCAUGUUUGUUAUCGAUCUCAUUAAAGGAGAAGUCGUCAAACAAGUCCGAACGGAGCGUCAAUACUCGAUUAUGAAGCGUGGACGCUAUAUCUGCGCGGCAACGAGAAACGGAUCGGUUGACCUGUUGGAUCCCGUCACCUUUGCUGUCGUCAAGACCUGGAAUGCCCAUUCAGCCUUGAUCAAUGACAUGGAUGCUCAGCACGACUUCAUUGUUACAUGCGGCUACUCGCUGCGCCAAGGACAGAAUUAUAUGCUGGAUCCCUUCCUCAACGUCUUCGAUAUCAGAAAGAUGGCGUCAAUGCCGCCGAUACCCUUCCCCGCCGGUGCGGCAUAUGUACGCAUGCACCCGCGCAUGCUCACAACCAGCAUCGUGGUGUCUCAAAGCGGCCAGAUGCAUGUUGUGGACCUGAUGAAUCCCAACACCAGCAACGUGCGCCAAGCCAAUGUGCUAAGCUACCUCAGCAUGUUCGAGAUUGCUCCUUCCGGUGAAGCUAUGGCUCUCACCGACGCAGAAUGCUUGAUCCACCUGUGGGGAUCGCCUUCAAAACUCCAUUUUGUCGAUCUACCUACUCCCGUUGAAUUUGCUACUCCUGAGGAGCCGAUUCCCCAGGUGGAUUGGACACCAGAAAGUCCUCUAAACUCAGUCGGCCUACCAUACUACCGGCAAAUCCUUGCCUCUUCUUGGCCCGAGUUAACCUCAGAUGUUGGGGCUCCUCCAGUCAAAUUUGAUCCACAGUUCCUUGCGAGCCUCAAACCUACAGAUUUCGCACUUUAUGGCCGGAAUAUGCGUGGCGUUCGAAGGAAUCAAUUCGAGGACACUCGCAGCGUACACAAAUCCGCCAACUCUGGCCUCAAGGCGCCAAAGUUUCUCAGUGAAAAGGCUCGAGAUCUUGCCAAAUCGGAAUCAUCCAGUGAUAAGGCAGAUGAGCUCUCAAACUCGCUGGCAGAGAUGGAAAUUGGGAGCAGAAAAUCAGAUUUGCCCAUGAUGUACAGAAAUGUCGAGAUCAAGUACAGCAAAUUUGGUGUGGACGAUUUCGAUUUUGGGCUUGCCACCAACAUGCUAAAAGCACUUAGCAACCAACCUCAAGCUGCACCACUGGGUCUUUUAGAAGAAGAUACCCAUUCAUCAUCCCUGAAUGUAAUGCUACAGGGACUUACACGAUUUCUCUUGGAGAAAAUUGCUGGUGACUACAAGACAAUGGCCCCGAGCUCCCCUGCAAUGGAUAAGGCGCUGGCGACAUCGGCAACAAGCACUAUUAGAUGCUUCAGCUGCAGAAGCGAAUAUACCCGGCCUGGAUCGACCUUUGUAAAUGAUUUGCUUUAUCCACCUAUUAAAACCCCAGGGCGGAACAACAAAGCGCCACGCAUCACUUUCUCCCAAAUUCUUAAGAGCAGUGUUGAGAGAGAAACAACAUCAAAGGGGUGGUGUGGGAGAUGUCAACGAUACCAGACUAUUGCAACUAGAAAGACCAUUCACAGUGUUCCAGACGUCUUAAUGCUUAAUACCGCAAUUACCGGCUCGGAUCACCGAAUGCUUUGGUCCACACCUGGCUGGCUGCCAGAAGAAAUCGGCAUCAUUGUCGAGCAGGGCCUUUUCUUUUGCUACGAAGGAGAAGACUUGAAGCUUCACCUACAACGUGGCAUACACAACAUCACAGUCUACUCAUUAAUUGGAAUGGCUAUUAAUAUUGAAAGUGGCCAGACACAAAAGCCACAUCUCGUGGCCAUGGUCAAUGUCGGUCAUGCGGAACCAGAAGCUCCCAGCCAGAGCCAGUGGCACUUAUUCAAUGACUUCUUGGUGUGCCCUGUGAGCACAGAAGAAGCUCUUAGCUUUAACACUUCCUGGAAAGUCCCAUCGGUUGUUGCAUUCCAAGUCAAGAAGGCAAAUAACAAGAUUGAUAAUGGAUGGAAGAACAACAUCGAUACAUCGAUUUUAUACCAGGACUUCAAUCCCAGUUCUCGCUCUGAGAAUAAAACGUACAAGCUUCUCGAUCCUGCAACGGAGCGGCCAGGGCCAUCAACGAUUGUCGCACUGGAUACUGAAUUCGUCUCUGUGCGACAGCCAGAGAUUGAGAUGAACUCGGAUGGCGAGCGAGAGACCAUCCGACCCAUAGUUUACGCACUCGCCCGAGCCUCUGUUGUACGAGGCCAAGGUGAAAACGAGGGGGUCCCCUUUAUAGACGACUACAUUUCUAUCACAGAACCGAUAGUUGACUACCUAACGUCCUACUCGGGCAUCACCGAGGACGAUUUGAAUCCUCGCACCACCAAACACAGUCUAUUGGCGCACAAGGUGGUGUAUAAGAAGCUUUGGGUACUGCUCAACCUGGGCUGCAAGUUCUUGGGCCAUGGACUCAAACAGGACUUCCGAGUCAUCAACAUCCAUGUCCCCAAGGCACAAAUCAUCGACACUAUUGAUCGGUUCUACCUCAAAUCGCGCCUGCGAAAGCUGUCCCUGGCCUUUUUGGCGUGGUACCUGCUCAAGGAAGACAUCCAGUUGGAGACGCACGACUCCAUUGAGGAUUCUAGGACGGCUCUGAAACUCUAUAAGAAGUACCUCGAGUUUGAAGAUGCCGGCAUUCUGGAGGCGAUGCUGCAGGACAUCUAUCGUGCUGGCAGGGACGUCAACUUCAAGCCCCCUAGAAAGGAUGGCAUCGACGCUCCCAGGUCAGAAACGCCGCCCCCCUUGUCGGCGGCAGAGAAUGGGAACACUCCUACGCCCACGCCCGCGCCGAGUACGCCGGCUAGGGUCAGGGGCUUUGGAAGCGGAGGUUGGACGCCGGGCAAGGCAUCGCCCAUGAGGUGA